AUGGAAGCUUUCGUGCUUACGUUCGCAUCAACCUUUUUGAUUCUUCAUGCCACGACCAGCGAGCUGCCCGUGCCAGCUAUCAAUGUCGUCCCUGCCAGAAUAUCUCACAUCGAUGCCGUCUCUCCCUUCUCACCCGCAUUAAUCGACACUUUCCGCCGACGACACGACUAUUUGCGUAUCUCUCUCACAGAGAGGUGCAAUUUGCGAUGUUUUUACUGCAUGCCUGAAGAAGGAACUGAAUUGUCCCCUGAAAGUCAUCUUCUCACGAACGAAGAAGUUCUUCGUCUUGCGGCGUUAUUUGUUAAAAGUGGUGUUACAAAGAUACGAUUGACCGGUGGAGAACCAACAGUCCGGAAAGGUCUGAACGAGAUCAUCGCCGGUCUGAAUGGACUGCGUCCAUAUGGUUUACGAUCCAUAGCGAUGACUACAAAUGGACUUGUUCUUUCAAGAAGACUACCAGCCUUCAUUGACCGAGGUUUGACUCAUCUCAAUAUAAGCUUGGAUACUUUGGAUCCGUAUAAGUUUGAGUUCAUGACUCGGCGAAGAGGCCAUGAAUAUGUUCUGAAAGCUUUGGAUGUCGCCCUCGUGUCGCAGGCACUUGUUUCUGUAAAGCUGAACGUCGUCGUCGUUAAGGGCCUCAAUGAUUCGGAGGUACUUGACUUCAUUGAAAUGACAAAAGAGCGAGUGCUAUCUGUCAGAUUCAUCGAAUUCAUGCCGUUCACAGGCAAUGCUUGGGAUAAACGCAAGAUGGUUCCAUCAAAUGUACUGCUCGAUAAAAUCAUCCUGCGUCACCCUGAUGUUCAAAGAAUCUCCGAUGAAGUGAACGAUACUGCCCGUUCAUGGAGAGUUCCAGGUUACAAGGGAAAUUUUGGCUUUAUCAGCAGCAUGUCAGAUCACUUUUGCUCCUCGUGCAAUCGCCUGAGGAUAACAGCAGACGGCCAGAUCAAGGUAUGUCUAUUCGAUGCGAAGGAAAUAUCUCUACGAGAUGCAAUGCGAAACGGCGCUACCGACGGUCAACUGCUUCAGGCUAUCGGUAAAGCCGUAUCUGGCAAACAGGAGAAGCAUGCAAACAUGGAAGAUAUCGAUGUAAUUACGAAUCGCCCGAUGAUUCUGAUAGGCGUAGACAAGUCUUUGAUGAGUUUGACAAUGUUUCUAAUGUCAUACCCACUAUUAGGUCCGUCUGCCUUUUCAUUUUCCUGUCUGUCCAGUUCAAAGAUCAAUCUCAAACCACAUGGUCUUCGAUGUCGGCACUACAGCUUAGCGGCAUCAGCAUCGGCACCUUGCCUCACUCACCUCAACGACAGUGGACGGGCUAACAUGGUCGAUGUGUCAUUGAAGGAGGUUACACGGCGUAUAGCCACAGCAAGCGGACGUAUCUUCAUCCCUCUCAUUGCUUAUGAACUCCUGGCUUCGACGUACCCAGAUGGCGAAGAACCCUCGACGGCAUUGGAGAAGGCCAAACAGAAAGUUCACCGAAAAGGCGAUACGCUUACCAUCGCACAGCUUGCAGCCAUAAUGGGGUCCAAGAAGACAUCAGACCUCAUCCCACUUUGUCAUCCCCUUCAAUUGUCGAACGUUUCGGUAACGUUGACACUCGAAGCCCCAGCUCACGACAGCCAACGUCACAGCGUUCUGUGCCGUGCGACGGUGUCUUGUGAUGCCAAAACCGGCGUGGAAAUGGAAGCUUUGACUGCCGUGUCGGUUGGUUUGCUGACCGUAUGGGACAUGCUGAAGGCUGUGGCAGGGAAGGAGAUGGAGAUCGGAGAGAUUGUUGUAACGGAGAAAUCGGGUGGUAAGAGCGGGGAUUUCGUUCGAAACAGAUGA